CCUCUGCCCCCCUGGUGGGGGCCACGGCGAUGCCCCAGAAGCUGACGGAGGGCAAGCCGCGGGAGCAGCGGGCGCACGCCACCUCGCUGAGCUCCACCAAGUCGCCCAAAGACACGAGACAGGUGACCUUGGAGCGCAUUGUGGGCGAGAUCGCUUUCCAGCUGGACCGUCGGAUUCUCUCCAGCAUCUUCCCUGACCGGAUUCGUCUCUAUGGCUACACGGUGGGCAACAUCCCAGAGAAAAUUGCCCAGGGUGGAAAUGACCCCCUGUCGCCACUGACCCCUGAGCAGCGCGCAAGCAUGAUGGAGCACUACAACGCCAUCAUGACCCGGCUGAAACCGCAGGGCUACGACCCCGCCUUCCACCCCCAGUUCACAGAACACAUCGUGAACACCUAUGGCAUCCUGCGGGAGCGGCCGGACACCGCGGGCUCCGAGAAAGACACUUACAACGACCCCGCGUACCUGCGGGAGGUGAUAGAGAACGUGGUCCCCGUCGAAAAGCGGGCCGACUGCCUCGUGCUCCUUGUGUGCCUCCAGAUGCUGUCCAAGGCCGACGGGAAGCCCUUGUUCAUCUGGUGACCCUCCGCCCUCCUUUCCUGGCCUCUCCCUCCCUGCUCCCUGCCUGGGGUCUGCCCCCCCGCUGCAAUCACAAUAAAUCAUGACAAAAAAAGGAGGGGAGAAAAAAUCCCCACCACAAAACAGCCUGUCUGGAUGGUCCCU